AUGCCCGAUUCCAUCAUCUUCUCCGUGGCACCGUACCACAUUAUUUCAUACGGCACCCUUCUGGGGACGACAUUCUUCCAUUCCUUCGUGAAUGGCAUUACAAUGUUCCGCGUCCUCGAGCGCCCCUCUUUCUCAGCCGCCCAGAACGCUCUCUUCCCCGUCUACUUCACCAUCCAGACGGCUCUCCCCGCCGUCAUGGCCCUGACCUUCCCAGGAAGCAGCAGCCCCUUUGGUGUUCAAGAGAGCAGUAUCAGCGGUCUUUUGGACGAGUCGAACAGGUACAGCGCUCUGCUGCCUAUCGCUACCAUGUUCGUCACUGGCCUGCUUAACUUGGUUGUGAUUCUGCCAAAGACCCAGAAGGUUAUGGCUGCUAGAUACGCCCAAGAGAAAAAUGAUGGAAAGAAGAGCUAUGACAAGCCGCCUCACUCGCAGGAGAUGCUCGCCCUUAACAAGUCAUUCGGCAAGCUGCAUGGGGUUUCUACGCUCGUCAAUCUUGCUGGAUUUGUUGCAACCGUUGCCUACAGUUUCUCACUUGCAAAGCGCCUCGAUUAG